AUGAGCGAGUCAAAAAAGAGUGAGGUCGAGCUGAGGGAUAAAGCCAUCAUGCACCAGCAGAGGAGGCUGAAGCAGGCUACCCAGUUCUCACACAAGGACUCAGCUGACCUGCUGCCUCUAGAUGGUCUCAAGAGGCUAGGCACAUCCAAAGACUUGCAACCACACAGCAUUGUGCAGAGACGCCUUCUGGAAGGUAAUGUUCCUCGUCUGGGCAGGGAGGCAGUUCCCUCUCUUGUUUGCUCACCUCUCGCUAAAAGCAAGGGAGGAACCGAGGCUGAAGAGAGGAGUGAAAGCACGCUGGAUGACUCUACUGAGGAGAAAGAAUCACCAGAGAGUGAAAAGAGUCUGAGAUCUGAUGAGGAGGAAGAUGAUGAAGAUCAAAACGAUGGUGAAAGCAGUGAUGCUGUUGGAAACGCAGCAUUUAAGCAUAAAUGGACAGACAUAGGGAGCAAGAGGGGACAAGCAGAAAGUGUGGAGGAGAAGAGAGCACCCAUUCUGUCUGCUUUACAGGUGCUGUGUAAGUGUGGUGACGCUGAAGUGAAGGUGUCCAUCAACACAGGCUGUCGGUACAACCAUAUCUCCAGUACAUGCUGCAGAAGGCUGGGCCUAAAAGUCAGUCCUGAGAAUAAAAGUGAUUCCACAGCUAAUGCAGUGACAUCCAUGCAGCUUCAGUUGGGUGAAGAGAAAGUGCAAUGUACUGCUCAGAUCAUAGAUGACGAUGCGUUCGAGCUCUGCCUGGGAUUGCACACUCUGGUGGAACUGAGAUGCUGUGUUGAUCUGAACACCAGAGUGCUCCAUCUGCCCAGCAACGGUGAGAAGCUGCCCUUCUUGGAUACACCUGCCCGCAGCCAGUGCCAUCAACGUAACAACAAACACCUGUGACUUUUGACCUUACCCUCUGUUAUUCACCCUGCUGUGUGACAGAAAGGAGAAUAUCCGGCUCAGAGUCUGUUUGAACCACAACCUUUACUCUAUAGUGUUGUUUUCUUUUUUCUAUCUUUACAGGUUCUAUGCCAAUUUGUUUUCAGAAAAAGAAAGAAAUGCUUUUGUUUAUGCUAUG